CGCAACCCGCGCCCGACGCACGUACGCGCUCGUGUUUAGUUCCGACCCAGUGUUCGUGUUAAGUGACAGUCACAAAUAUGAAAGCGAUAACAGCAGUGUGCGCGACCGGCGCCUCCGUGCCCGCCAUCGCCAGCGGCCGUGUGCAGCGGCACCGAGACGGCGAGAACGCCGAGAUCCAGAUGUACCUGUCUAAACUACAGGACCUGGUGCCGUUCAUGCCCAAGAACAGAAAGAUCUCCAAGCUGGAGGUGAUUCAGCACGUGAUCGACUACAUCUGCGACCUACAGUCGGCGCUGGAGAACCAUCCCGCCAUGGAGCAGUUUGACGCAGAAGGCGCGCUGGCCAGCCCGGCUUGCGCGGCGCCACAGCCUCGCCCCCACCGGCGCCCUCUCGGACCCCGCGCCGCGCCCAACACCAUCCUGCGCAAAACCACCCCCAGUCAAGAACACAGAACACCAACUACGCCAGAAAAGCAGAAUCAGCUGGACAGGCCCUCUUGCUAAAUGGUGUUAGGUUAAGAGAGACAAUAUAAGUUAUGGUAAUGUUUAUAUACCUCGAGUGGCGACGGAGGUCGCCCCGGGCCGGCACGGGAGCGCCCGACUCCAGUUCCAGUGAACAUCAUCUCCGAAGAUGAUAUCCUAUGCACGAUCUCGUUAGGAUCAGUAAACUACUUUAAUGUAAUUGUUUGUGGCAUUACACGCAGAAGACUUGAGCAUUGCAAUGCAAUCGGCCGAGGCGCGCGGAGCGUCGCGGGUUGUUUUGUUAU